GCUUACGUACUAAGUUGUCUUAUACUCCGGAGUUUUGAGCUCCGUGCAUGUGUAAUUAGCUAGCUAGCUGAUUGGCUUGAUAUUUUUUCCCAGAGUUCAAUGGUUUGCUUCUGUUUUAUGGUGGAUCAGAAGAGGAAGGUGAGGAGCACGAAGCCGGUGGCCGGAACUUGCUCCCGGUGCGGUGGAGGAGCCAGCGUCGGCGACAUGAUAACGGCGACACGGUUUUGUUAUGUACCGAUUCAUUGGAAGUCUUGGAAAGCUAUCAUAUGUACUUUCUGUGGAGCUAUUCUUAAAUCUUACAGAUGAACAACUUCAAGCUGUACGAGAGGAGUAACAACGUUAAUUAUCCAUUCCGCCUCCCAAAUCAAAGGAAGCUGCACAUCACAUGAUAAGAUCAACCUCCUUUUAACUUUUAAAUAUCGAACAGGCCAGGUUGGUUCACGACAACAUCUAAUAACCGGUCAGUCCAUUAUGUCUCAAAUAACAGUCCCCAAUAUAUGAGUGACACGUAGACAUUCUAAAUUAAUCCUCACCACACAUCAGAUCUGAAAUUUCCAAAUCGAUUCGUCACCUCUCACAUGGAAAGAAAAUCUCCUCCAGAGUAUCCUCUUCUCCAGACCAACACACUGCCUUCUCCACUGCAAGCCUUCUCUCCAAAGCAUCGUCUUUCUCCAUUGAGCUUCCCUCCGCCCCCCCCCCCCCCCCCGACGGUGCAAGAAAAUCGCAUUCGCUGCUUGUCUGUGAUUGGCCAAAUCAAGUACUACAUGUAUGUUUUUGACUAAUUCUUAUAUGCCCAAGAUCGACGUCCUUCUCUGCUUGUGUUUUAUCUCAAGUGUAUUUUAUGCUUAAAAUUGCAAUAAGUGUAUUUUAUGCCCAGGAUCGUCUACUGCUUGUUUGAGUGCAAGUCUCUACAUAUCAUACAAACAUCAUCUUGCAAGUAUCUAUAUCUCAUGCUCUUUAUUAUACAAAAUUUGUUAAUACCAGCAAAUUGUAAACGUAUUCUGUACAUGAAAGCUUAUAGAUGACUAUUUGAAGCAAAUUGUAACUGUAUUUUAAUUUCUUUUUCUCUUCUUUGGUGGUUUGACGCUUUUUUAGAUGACCAUUUGAAGAUGGAGGGUUGGUGCAUGGAACGUGUUCGACGGGUGACGAAAUUGGUGAUGGGAGAUUGAUGAUGGUAUCGUGCGACGGUGGGCGACGGAAACUACAGUGUGCGAUGGUUUUUUGAAUAGGGCUCAAUUCAAUUUCUGAAGGGGUGAGGAGAAGAUGUGUUUUAUCAUCUAGCGUGAUGAGCCUAUUGUAAUUUAUGUGAAAUUGCUAAUGUGGCAAAAUGUUACUGAAGGGCUAUUAAUGUCUCAAUGUCGAAUGGAUCGCUGCAAAGCAUUUCUAUUAUAAUUAAUGUGCCUUAAGAACUUUAGCA